AUGGAUGACUCGAGUUUAUGUCUUGGUGUAUCAUCAGCGGUGCCAGACACCGAUGCACAUCUAAGCAGUGCAGUGCUGAAUGGCCGAUACCCUAUCAGUCAGAAGCUUCACCAACUAACUGCUCAGCUAGGACACGCCUUUCCUGACCUACAUCGCCCACAACAAAUUCCUGAAGAGAAGGCAGCCACUCCUUUGGAUGAGAAGACGCAUCACGCAGCCCUGGCCAGUCAACCUAUUAGCAGUCAGAUGGCCCUGCUCGCUAAUCAGCUCAACCGAGAUAUUGAUGCAGGGGCACUAAGUGGGCUGAAUGGACGUGUUGACCUUCAGCAGUUCCUCAAUGGUCAGAACUUGGGCAUCAUGUCCCAAAUGAAUGACAUUGAAGAUGAUGCUCGCAAGAAUAGGAAAUACCCCUGUCCAUUAUGUGGCAAACGCUUCCGCUUUAACAGCAUCCUGUCACUGCACAUGCGCACUCACACAGGUGAGAAACCAUUCAAGUGUCCCUACUGUGACCACAGAGCAGCUCAGAAGGGUAAUCUGAAAAUCCACCUCCGCACUCACAAGCUUGGGAAUCUUGGUAAGGGCCGGGGCCGUGUUCGAGAGGAGAACAGGCUGCUACAUGAGCUUGAAGAGAGAGCCAUAUUGAGGGAUAAGCAGAUGAGAGGGAGUGGAAGUCUCCUUCAGACACCUCAAACACCCCAUCUCGUUCUCAACAACAGUUCUAACACUCAUAAUCAGCUAAUAGGGUCAACUUGUGCCCCCCUACCCCCAUCUGGCCUAGCAACUCCAGAAACACUCUCUCAACCCUCUUCUUCACCAAAAUCAGCCAGUCAAGAUGAACCAUCCCUGAACCAAGCUACUGGUUUCCGCUGUACAUUCUGCAAAGGGAAGUUCAAGAAACGUGAAGAACUUGACCGCCACAUUCGAAUUCUCCACAAGCCCUACAAAUGUACUCUGUGUGAAUUUGCUGCCUCUCAUGAAGAAGAUUUGAUAAGUCAUGUUGAGAAGGCCCACAUCACAGCUGAAACUACACAGGGACAGGGUGGUGGUGGAGCUGGAGGCAUGCAGACCACUACUGAAUUUCGUUGUGACGUGUGUGGCCAGGUAUUCAGCCAAGCUUGGUUCCUCAAAGGUCACAUGCGAAAGCACAAGGACUCUUUUGAACAUUGCUGCCAAAUUUGUGGCCGUCGCUUCAAAGAACCCUGGUUUCUGAAGAACCAUAUGAAAGUGCAUCUGAACAAACUGGCCAUUAAGAGCAAGCCACCCCAGCCAAGUGAGCAGGACAUGGCUGCCAUCAAUAGCAUGAGCAGUCUGGCUCAAGAAGCUCAUGCCAACCUGUAUUCUCGCUAUAUCUCCUGUCUUCAAGGGGGUUUUCUUUCACCAGAUAAACAAAGCCUCAAUGAGCAACAUCAGAUGUUAGCUAAAGCAGGGAUUGUCAUGAAAGAAAAGGAGAUGUUAGGAAAACUGCUUGGACCAAUGGCUGGAAGUAUGGGUCAUGGGCUUGGUGAAAAUGAAAAGCGCUCACUCCUUGGAUGUCUCAAUCUUGUACCACCCCUUAAAUCCAGCUGUAUGGAGCGCCUCCAGGCUGCUGCAAAGGUUGCAGAAAUGGAUUCUCUUAACAGCUACCAAGCCUGGCAGAUAAUGGCACGUGGUAUGGCUAUGGACAGGGCUUUCAUGCCUAAAGAUCAACAGCAGCACCAGCCCCAUAUAACUCCAGGACAGGAAGAUGAGAUGAGUGGUACAGGGGCCUUGGCUUCCUAUUCAAAAGAAAAGCAAGAUUAUUCCUUGAUCCCUGCCAGUGAUAGUUCCAAGCAGAAACAGCUCUCUGAAGGCUUACAGGUGUGUAAAGCCUCUAGUGGAGUCAUAAUACCAAUGAAAGAGGACGGAAAAGGCUUUGAAACUCAUCGUGAUGUAUUGUUACAUCAUGGUAGUACUGAGGCCUCUGGAGCAUUGGCAGGCUUAGGAAGCUCCAACAUUGACUUCAGCCUUUCCAGUCUGUCAAGCCUGAAGGACAAGCCUUCAGAGUGCCCUGACUGUGGCCGCAUUUUUAGAACAUACCAUCAAAUGAUUGUUCAUUCCCGAAUACAUGGCAAAGAGAGAAGAGGCACCGAUGACGCAAACCAGCAAGGACUCGAUGAACGCCGUGGCUCAGCCAGUGACCCCGAGUCCCAGUCCAUCAGCCGCUCCACCACCCCUGGUUCAUCCAAUGUGACAGAGGAGAGUGGAGCUGGGGGAGGACAAUCCCAGACAGGAAGCAUCCAAGAUGACAGCCCACAUCCCUCCUCACCAUCUUCAGCUGGGCUCACGGCCCGUCUUCCUGAUAUAAUCUCAGUGUUUUUGAUCAUCCCAAAAAUAACAAGUGUAGGAGUUCGGCUGUUCUGGAGUGAAGAAAUUAGGUGCAGCAGCCAGACGGGCUUCUGCGGUGCGUUGUGGCAAUCGAGUCGGAGGCAGGCAGAUGCACGUCGCUUCGAUCACCACUAG